AUGACAACAGCAAUUAAAGCUCUUAAGGACAAUAAACACUCUGGCAAAGAUGGUUUUAAUGCUGCGAUUAGCAAGGUGGUCCAGGGGGUGAGGGAGUAUAAUGAGGGUGUUGUAAACUCUAAUAAUGCUGUGAAGGAGCCCAUUGAAACAUUGAUGCAGAAGAUGAAGAUUCUCAAUGAACAGGUAAGUAACUUAAAUACAAUUAAUGUUGCUGCAGGUGGAAUUGACGCGGCCGUUAAGGCCGUGAACCAGCAGGUGGAGGAGUGUAUACAGAAAAAUACAGGCUAUGCCUAUGACUUUAUCAAAAACGUUUCACAUGCCAAGAAACACGUAGAUGAUUUAUCAGAUCACUUAAAACAAAAAGUUAAUAAUGUGAAAGAUAUUCUUGUCGAUGAGCGUAAGAGACUCUAUGAAAUUCAUAAGACGCAGAAAGAUGACUUGACGGCAGUGACUGAUAAGGUCUCUAGUACUUUAGAUAAUGCUAGAAAGCAAAUUAAUAAGCGUAUCCGUGAUGAUAUUACUGCGCUCAUCGGACAGUUGCAGAAAUUGGUUCAGAGCAUUAGAAGCAAGUUGGAAGAAAUUAAUAACCUGUUGAAGCAGUAUGAAUCCCAGUUGCAGGAAUGGAUCAAUGAAGCGGACAAAAUCGUUAAAAAAGCCUCUGAGGACACACAAUCAAUUGUGGAUAAAAAGCCCGGAGAAGAUGAGAAGAAGAGGCUUAAAGAGAUUGCGACGGCGAUAAAGCAGUGGGGAGAGGAUACGCUUUGGAAUUAUAUUGAUGGCGUGAAGAAGAGCCUCGGGAGUUUGGCGCAGGAAGCGACCAGGCGACUUAAAGAGCUGGACAACGCUUAUAAGAAUAAAUUGUGGGAGAUUAAAACGGCGGUGGAGGGAGUGCCGAAGGCGGUUCAGGCGCUUGGGGGGACGUUUGAUUCCAGCGUACGAGACGGCGAAACUAAAAAUGUUGUGGAUAUUAUGAACAAGAUUAAAGAUGGCGUUGAUAAGAUUAAGGGACAGGGAGGAACAGAUAAAGGGCUUGAAGCGUUUGUGGGUCACGUGACAAAAACGUAUGCCGCAAAUUUCAAAAAUAUGCAGUUUAGUGGAGUAGUGCAGCGGUGGAUAAAAGAAAUUUUGAAUGAUAAUGAAGCAGUUAAAGUGUGUCUUAAUGAAUAUUUCGACCUUAAUCAGGGUAAUUUGAAUAAGGAAUAUAAAACGGGCAAUGUUGUAAAUUAUGACAAUCUGAACAAAAAAAUCGCAAGUCAUAUUACGAAGCAGCUUAACACAGGUGUCAUUGACCAAGUCCACAUUCAGUUUGACAACGAGAGCGUUCACGAAAAUGUUAAAAGAGUCAUAACAGGCAUAGAACUAUUUGCCAAUAAGCUGAAUGAUAAAAUGGAACAUGAGACCAUAGAGCAAGUCGCUCAAAGUAUAUCAAAGGUUAUUAAAAAAAAUGGAAAUCAAGAUGACUACGUGUUCGAGACUCCCCCUACGCAUGACACGUAUGAACUUACACUCGCCGUUCAACGCAUCCUAAUUGCUCUCAUCUCCGCCGCCAAACAAUUUGCCGAAGAACUAAAGGCAUUCACGGGCUUAAAAAACGGGGAUAUCACAGCCGAAAACUCCGAGAUAAAGAAGGUAUAUGAUGCGUUGAAGGCGGCCAAAACACUUCGCGAAGAGAUUUACAAUGCGCUAGGCCUACAAGCCGGUGGCGGCGGCUCAGGUGGCGUGAAGCCUAAUCUCGCCCAAGCCGUCGACACCGCGAUCAAGUCCGUAGAGACGCAGGUUGAACAUAUCACCGGCCCUGAAGACGCUGUAACUCUAGGAUCCAACUCCAUCAGCACCAAACGCAACGAAGCCUACAACCCCCUCAACACAGCCAUCCAGGGCGUUGAAUCUUAUUCCGGCGAUGCCCUAAGCGUCGAUAAAACUAAGGAAGAGUUAACAAAAUGGUCAAAGGCUAUUACGGGGAAUGCCGAGUACCUCAUGGAUAAAGUCUCACAUCGCGGCCAGCAGAUAAAAAAAGAAUUGGACAAGCUGAAAAACAAAAUCGGCAAAACCGACGGGGACGAAAAUGCCCAGUUAAAUACGCUGCAAAGAAUUCACGCGGAACUCGGCAAGCUCAUAAAAGGUGAAGUGGCGGACGCCAUAAAAAUGGCCACGGAGUUCGAAACUCAAGCCUCCGAAGCAAGCCGAAAAACCAUCGAGGCACUCGAACAACACGUCAGGGAUACACUUGACGCCGCCAAAUCCACCAUCACCACCGACGUCAAAUCCCGCUACGUCAAAUUCAUCAAGUCACUGCUCACAAGGUUCGCCGAGAAAGUCGAGAAGGAAAUCGGAACGCUCCCAAAAGACAUAACAAAAGAUGCCGACAAGGGCUUUAAAGGCUUCAUGGGAGUGCUCGAGCAGAAAUUGACGGACAGUCAAUUGCCUACAAAUUUGGAUGGCAACGCAAAAUUAGAGACACUGUCCAGCAGGGCAAAAACAUUCUUCACGGACCUCCCCAAAACUCUGAUGAAGAGGUCUAACAUCAUGCCUCCGGACAAACUCUCCUUACUUUCCAGAACACUUAACACUGUUUUCACUGACCUCACCAAAUACAACACUAAAUUCGUUAAUGACUUAUCCGCACUUAAUACGUUACUCACUGAAAUGCAUCCCCAAUCGUACGCCAACCAGAACAACCCGCUGCUGCAGUUCCUCAAAGGAGGCAUAACAGAUAUGCACGGGGAGCUAGAUAAGGCGUAUGUAUCAGUGUACGAUAGUGAGAUUAUCACAAUAUAUAACGACAUAACUAAGAGCAUAACCUCUGAUGGUACAAAGUGCGCGAAAAUUGUGCUCACCAUUGUGCCCACCGUAUAUCACACCUUAACACAGCUCAGAAGAGAGCUUCAUGAAUCAGACGGCAAAUGGAACUCUUAUAACAUAUAUGAUUCCAAAGAGUCCCACCAUAGCUUACAUAGACUAUUCUUUAAUGAUAAUGGUUACGAUACCGGCCUUGCCGGUAAAGUGGAGCACGGCGAACUGAAUCACAAGUCUGGGUUCACGGGUCAGAAUAUUCUUACCAAACUCGACGACACAACUCAUAAUUUGUUUGUGACUAAUAAACAGUCACUUAAAGCAUCUGCCAUCGCUCCUACAUCCGAUGACAUACCCUUCGAAUACACGGGCGAGAACGGUGUCAUCCCAAGCCUAUAUGAUUACCUUAAGAAAUACUUCAAUGUAUGCCAUUAUACGCAUAUUAAAUCACCCAGGAUACCGUGCUCCGUUUAUGAAAUGUUACUUUGGGUUUGCGGUUUACAGUUCAGUCCCGUAUUCAAACCACUUUUAGAUCACGUUAACGAAUUAUUCAUGGUGCCCAUUGAUGGAGACCCAUCGAAAAAAACCCUUAAGCCUAUCGAUGCCUCACCGUCCACCAUUAGCGCCAGCGACAUUUGUACAACUAUUGAAGAGAUAUGUUUUAAAUCCUACCCUGUCCUCACUACUAUUGCGGGCCACGGAGACGCCUAUACGACAUACGCCUGUGAGUUCUCUACUAACUCCCUCAAAUUCAAAUAUCCCACAAGAGGUGAGGAAUGCUUUCAACUCUUGCUCGAUAUCCUCCGUAAACUAUUCCCUCCACUUAGAUUUUUGUUUGGUCAAUGUAGUAACCCGGCGUCUGAGCAUGGUUGGUUGAAGUGCCAGUACGGCAGGGACAUUACUACAGUCAAUCAGCCCUGCAAAGCGCAUUCAACCGACAAGGCAAAUGGACAGUCAACGUCUAAACCUAUGUGCCAACCAAAUGGUCAUCCAAAUGACCAACCAACGUGCCAACCUAGAUCACCACUUAUGAGCUACCUAAAUGAUACCUUACCCGGUCACUUGCCGCACCAACUCAACUCGGUUGGCUGCAAGUCUGUAUGUAAAUCGUGCCCUGGUAGUACACCCGGAAUGCCUUGCUUGACACCUCUGGGAUUCAGGGAAUUUUCUGGCAGUAUUAAAACGGGUAAAGACAUAUGCGACAUACUUGGUGACUUGUUUGAAACUAACAAUAUAUCUGCCGUGUUCUGCCUAUCGCCUAAGCCACCGUCUACAUUGCCAGAGCAUUUUGGUUUUGCGUUGUAUUUAGUUAAGGGCUGGCUUCAUAGUUCCCAAUCUAAGAAAGCCACCAUGAACAAAUUCACCCUUCAAGCGUCAUUUGAGUCAUCUAUCACUAACACAUCCAUCAAGCUGUUCGAAAAUGCGGAUCGCUUUACAAAUGCCCUUGCCAACGCAUAUGGAUCUGACUCUGUAAGGCAUUCCGAAUGCCAACAUCCUCAUUUGAUGAAUCUCACAAUUACUGACUUCUGCAACAGCAACAUAAAAGGAUAG